CAAAGUAAAGAAAAGUUUACAAGCGAAAAAUGGCGUCCUCCAGCAGUGAAGAGGACCAAAUUGGUCCCUCGGUGAACUCGGAUAAUAUGGAAGAACGUAUCGCAGCAAGACGAAUAAGAAUAGCUAAGCGAGCAGAAGCUGCCAGAAAAGCCCUGUUAGGUGUACCAGAAGAGGUAAAGAAAGAGAAAGAGGUGAUUAGAAAAAGCAGAAAGCAAAUUGAAGAUAGCCGCCAGCGAUUAACUAAAUUAAAACAAGAUGGUUUUGAGCUGGUAUCAAAUGUGCGAGUGGCUGCAGAUGCUAGAGAAGCCUCCAGACGAGCACAGGAUGAUGAAGCCAAGCGUGUGAGGAAAGAAAAACUUGACAGUGAGGCUAAGUCAGGACUGGAAAGGUUUGAAGAGAUUACCAAGAAGUGGGAUCUUGCUCUACAAAAGGAUGUGCCGCAGACACUUCAUGAGUUGUUAAUGCAACAGAAGAGGUCAUGUGAUGCCAUGAAUGAGGAAAAAAAUAAAAUUAUCACAGAGCUUCAACAGGUUCUGAAGACCAAGGAUGAUAUGUAUGUUAAAGAUCUGAAGAAGAUGGCAGAGGAUGUUGACCUCAUCAUUGAGAGAAUGAAUGAACAAAUUAAUCACAUGAUGAAAGCACAAAGAGAAGAACUGGAAGAGAUUGAGCGUUCUUUUGUCAUGGAGCGUAAUGAGCUCCUGGAACAGCAGAAGAAGAAGUGGGAGGAAAAGAUGGAACUACGCAGGCAGAAGGAAGAAGAGCACCUGGAGUUGAGGGCCAAGAGAGUGGAGGACCUGGAGAAUCAGCUUCAGCACAUGAGGGUUCAAGAUGCAGAGGAAUACAACAUGGUCAAGAUAAGACUUGAGACUGAUGUACAGAUCCUAGAGCAGCAACUGCAGCAAAUGAGAGCGACAUGCCAGCUGAAUCAGGAGAAGCUGGAGUACAACUUCCAGGUAUUAAAGAAGCGUGACGAUGAGAACACCAUUACCAAGUCUCAACAGAAGAGGAAGAUCACUCGCCUGCAGGACGUGCUAAAUGGUCUCAAGCAAAAGUUGGAGAAGCAAGAGAAGGCAUACAGGGACGAGAACCUUCAGCUGACAGAAGAUUACAAAAGAAUAACUACUCAGUUUCAUGAUCUGCAGAGGAAGUCAAAGCAUUUCAUGGCAACGGAUGCCAAAAAACUCCAUGAAAUUUGGUGCAUGAAUGAAGAAGAGUGUAAAAUCCUGGCUAGUGAAGUGCUGGAUGCAGACAAAGCUAUAUUUGAGCAGCAGCUUGGGCUCAAGUGGGAAGCUCCUGACACGCACUUUAUGGAUAAUGUUGGCCCUCUUAUGAGCAGCGGAAACACUGGUGGAUCAUCAGCAUCUAAAAUACUGCAUGAUAUCAUGUCUAAAGCCACAUCUCAGGAGAGUGGAUUUGUGGGCAUUGAGAAUGGAAAUGAUGCAGGUAUCUACGAGAAUGUUUCAGCAUCCACCAUUAAGAAAGUCCUGGAGCUGCUAUGUGAUGAAGGAGGUUUUCUAGUAGAACAGAAACUGAACAAGCUGUUACUUCCCUUGGAGAAAGAUGAACAGUCUCUUAUUAAACUGGAUAAUAUUUUUGCUGCCUUGGGUCUGGAAACGGAGGAAGACAUUCAUAAAUUGACAACCUAUUUUAUAAACAUCAGAGAAAAGCCAGUUAAAGAAGAUUCCAAAGGAGAACUUGCAACAGAAGCAGAAAGUAAUGAUAAAGAUGCUGACAGCACGGCAGAAGAAGUCCAAAUGAUUUUGGACAGUGAGGUGAAGCUUACCCAAGUGCCGAGUGACUGUGUUGAGCUCAUUCACCCCAAUGAAGUUUUCAAAGCCCUGAAGGCAUUUGUGGAGGACGUGCGUAGACAUGGAAAGAAAACUGAUCAGAAGAAAGGCCAGUUUCAGUUGAUCACUCUGGAAGAUAGAGAUGACACACUGGACUCUGGGUACUGGGAGAAAUAUGCCACAUUGUUAUCUCCCCACAGAGAAAGAGUGUGGGAUGCUCUGAUUGACUCGUUGGAUAAAUACCAUGAUGUACUGAAGAGCAGAUCUGGGCUGUUAACAGACACUGAAAGUCUUCGACAACAGAACACGGAGCUGAAGCUCUUACUGCACCAGUAUAUUAACUCUAAGGUCAACACUGAGCUUCAAGUUCCCCCAACUCAUGUACUCCAGCUAGAGUUAAAUCCCUUGUCAUAACAACUGAAGCACUACAGAUAAAGUCCCAUGCUGCUGAUACUAAACUUGCUUGUCAGAAAAAUAAAAGUUGAAACAAUCAAGUAUCCAGUCAUGCAAGGAAACAGUGGAAAAAAAAAACAUUCAAUGUAUUUGAAAACAUAAAUUCAAUCCCAAAAGUUGUAUGAUAGUCCAAAAAAAAUUAGAACUUAGUUCUUAACCAGAAGUAUUGGAAGGGUUGUCAUCUGGUGUUAUCUGCACCCCUCCACCCCUAGUAAUGCCACCAUGAUUAGCUGUGUCUCUAUUAUAUUUAAUGCUGUGCCUACAUUCUAUUAAAAAUGUACAUUCACUAAUAAAUAUUUUUUGUGAUUCGUUGGACAGAUUUAUUUUGUUAGAGUACAAAUGAAGUCAACAUUAUUUGCAUCUAAAUAAAAGGUUUAAAACAACAGUUUUCAUCAAAGUGGGGGAUAUAAAUUUUGAAAUAUGAAUUUGAAAUGUUGAGUUGCUGUGGUGAUACAAUGAACAAAGGAUCAUCCCUUUGGUGGUCACACACUUUCCAAACUCUACAAUCAGUCAAAUAAAAUUGUUUAAUAAACAAAAAAUCUGUUUUGUAUUUCUAUAUUUUCUGUUUAAUUUCAAUAUGCUUAUACUCUUGUCUGAUGUCAAUACAAGCAUGAACACUUGAUGGAAAUGGAAUACUGUAAGAAUAUUUUUUAAAGAGACAAAGGAACUUUGAGUUGAACAAAGAAAUUUGUGUGAAUUUGAAAUGGAAUUUUUCACAUUAUAUACCUUCUUUUAUCUGUAAUCCAAUUGUAAAGUAAACUUUUAAAUUCAUUUAGAGAAAAGUUCACCAUAGAUAAAAGUUCACCAUAGAGAAAUGUUCACCACAGAGAAAUGUUCACCGUCUCAGAUAUAUCACUAGUUUAAAAAAAAUAAAUUUUACUUCUAUUUUAAUUGCAAGCUGUUUUUUUUUAUGUCAGACUUCCUUUGAUAUUGAUAUUUCUACUUAACAUGCAAAGUGCAAAAGUCAAAGAAUGCUGUGAUAAAUGUAAAUUCCUAUAUAUAUAUAUUUCUAUGUCACUUUACUCAAUCAUUAAUGAAUGUUGUUUAUCUUAGAGAGAAAUAAAAGAUUUCUGCUCAA